AUGGCGAGAUUCUCUCUGGGUGGAGAAGAUGAUAGCGAGGGACCCAGCAGCUCAUGGCCCAGGCAUAAGAAGCAGAGGACCAUAGCUGGUAUUACUCGGCCACAGCUGCAAGAAGACCAUUACGACAACGAACGAGAAAACCCAGAACCAGAAGGAGAAGAAGAGGAGGAUCGGAGUAGAACAAAUGAGGGACGGGUUCGAAGCGGUGGUGGAAAGGGGCAGAUCAAGGAUGGUGAAUUGGUGGGACCCAGUGGAGACGGUUCAAUUCCUGUGAUUCUAACCGACCCAGAUGUGUUGGAUUGCCCUAUCUGCCUUGAACCCUUGAGCAUCCCUGUCUUUCAG